ACUGCCCCUUUGAGACCCACUUCGAUCUGGUCUUGGCUUUGUUCUUCCACUGGUUGUGGCUCGCUCCAUGGCUUCUCUACAAUCUCUUCAAUUUCGUUACUCAUUCUUUCCUCUCUCACGCAAGCUUCUUCCCCACUCUCGGACCCCCCAGUUUUUGCGCCUUUUCCCUGCGUGCUUUCCCCGUAAUGCUCGGGUGUUCUCUUUCAGCGGAUGUGCGAAAGCCAGAAAUGAAGCUUACAGAGUUUGCUGUUCCUCUAAGGUCGGCUCCGAAAUUGAAAGACUUCCGAUUCAGAACGACGAUGAACGGCCUCCUUUUGAUAUCAAUCUCGCUGUUAUUUUGGCGGGAUUUGCUUUCGAGGCUUACACUACCCCCCCUGAAAACGUGGGAAGGCGUGAAAUUGAUGCUGCAGAUUGUAAGACCGUAUACCUUUCCGAGCAAUUUGUUUCUGAAAUUUAUGAUGGCCAAUUGUUCAUAAAGUUGAAGAAAGGAUUCGAUUUCCCUGCCAUGGAUCCAUGGGGAACAAGUGAUCCAUACGUGGUCAUACAAUUGGAUUCUCAGACUGCUAAAAGCAAGAUUAAAUGGGGGACAAAAGAACCAACAUGGAAUGAAGAAUUUUCUUUUCAUGUAAAGCAGCCUCCAACUAAACCCCUUCAGAUUGCAGCUUGGGAUGCAAACCUUGUGGCUCCCCACAAACGCAUGGGGAAUGCAGGAGUAGACCUGGAAUGGCUUUGUGAUGGAGACUCACAUGAAAUAACGGUGGAGUUGGAAGGAAUGGGUGGGGGUGGAAAGGUUCAGCUGGAGGUUAAAUAUAAAACCUUUGAUCAAAUUGAUGAUGAGAAAAGGUGGUGGAAGAUUCCUUUUGUUUCAGAGCUUCUAAAGAUUAAUGCCAUAGAUUCUGCACUAAGAAAGAUUACUGGUUCCGAGACAGUGCAAGCCCGCCAAUUUGUGGAAUAUGCAUUUGGGCAAUUAAAGUCAUUCAAUAAUUUAUAUCCUCAGGAGGGUCAGGUGUCUGAUUUCGAGAAAUAUGAUGCAGAAGGCUCUGGGACAUCGAAUGAUAUGCCUGCAGAAGAGGCUGGAGGUUCAGAAGCCUUCAGUAGUGAAACUUCUGAUGAACAGAGAUGUUUGGAGGAGCGCACACACAACUGUGAUACUGAGAAUGGACAUGAUUCUGGACUGUCAAAAGAAGUUGGCAAGGAAGAGCAGUCGGAUCAACUUUUCUGGAGGAACCUUGCUGAUGUUGUCAAUCAUAACAUUGUUCAAAAGCUAGGCCUCUCAGUUCCUGAGAAACUAAAAUGGGAUGGAUUUGACUUUUUGAGCAAAAUGGGCUCUCAGUCACGAAGCAUGGCAGAAUCAUUUUAUAUCGAAUCUGGGCUUGCGACAUCAGAAGGCAAAGAUGAUACAUCUGGUAAAACAAGCAGCCAACCCGCUAUUGCUGCAAUUCAAUCUUCAAUACCGGAGGUCAAAAAAGCAACACAGAAUUUGGUAAGACAGACUGAGUCAGUUUUGGGAGGAUUAAUGCUUCUGGCUGCAACAGUUUCCAAGAUGAACAAGGAAGGACAUUCUACAGAAGAGAGGGAAAGCAAAGAUGGUUCUGCCCAAGUAAAAGAUGCAGAAAUACAAAAUGCCACUUCGCAAAAACUUCUUAGCUCACAGAAUGGGUCUUCAUUGGAUGAGAAGAAAACUGAGGAAAUGAAAAAACUUUUUUCAACUGCUGAAAGUGCUAUGGAGGCUUGGGCAAUGCUCGCCACUUCAUUGGGCCAUCCAAGUUUUAUUAAGUCUGAGUUUGAGAAAAUAUGUUUCUUAGAUAAUACAACCACAGACACACAGGUUGCUAUUUGGCGUGAUUCUGCAAGGAAAAGGUUAGUGGUUUCUUUCAGGGGAACUGAACAGGCAAAAUGGAAGGACUUGAGAACUGAUCUAAUGCUUGCUCCUACCGGGUUAAAUCCUGAAAGGAUAGGUGGCGAUUUCAAGCAAGAGGUUCAAGUUCAUAGUGGUUUUUUGACUGCAUAUGAUUCAGUUAGGACCAGGAUCAUCUCUCUAAUUCGGCUUGCAAUUGGUUAUAUAGAUGAUCAUUCUGAGCCACCGCACAAGUGGCAUGUUUAUGUGACUGGUCAUAGUUUAGGUGGCGCAUUGGCAACCCUGCUUGCUCUUGAACUUUCAUCUAAUCAACUAGUGAAGAAGGGAGCAAUUUAUGUGACAAUGUAUAACUUCGGCUCUCCCAGGGUUGGCAACAGAAGAUUUGCAGAGGUUUACAAUGAGAAAGUUAAAGAUAGCUGGAGAGUUGUAAACCACAGAGAUAUAAUACCUACAGUACCACGGUUGAUGGGUUAUUGCCAUGUGGCUCAACCUGUAUAUCUUGCUGCAGGAGAUUUUAGAAGUGCCAUGGAAAAUCUGGAGAUUCUUGGCGAUGGAUAUCGAGGAGAUAUAGUUGGGGAAGCCACACCGGAUGUUCUAGUGACUGAAUUUAUGAAGGGUGAGAAGGAGCUUAUUGAUAGGUUAUUACAAACUGAAAUAAACAUAUUCCGUUCAAUCAGAGAUGGGAGCGGUCUUAUGCAGCAUAUGGAGGAUUUCUAUUACAUUACGUUACUAGAGAGUGUGAAAUCAAAUUACCAAACUGCAUCAAGUCCGCAGCCAAAUGAACAACUAUUUCGGAGCCAAUAAGGUUUUUCUGUUUCGAGGCCGGUUGCACAGUUCGGUGUAUACUUGUUAAGACAGUAGGAGGAAUAGGUUGGGCUGAAGCCAUAUUUCAGUAUUCCAGAGAGCAUUAACCAAGUCUACUGAGCUUAGAACUAGCGGAGAAGCCAAGCUACUGAGAAGAACAUCAGAAUGAACGGAACACACAGACCAAAUCCCUGAAUAUGUCAGAUAGUCCAAAUGUCCAGAAGUGAUUACCAUUACGUAUACAUAAUGCAAUGAAAGAUGGAAGUGUACAAACAUUCUUUCCUACCUUCAUACAUGCACACGUACAUAUUAUAUAAGAAUGUAUUAAAAACCGUGGAGGUACAGUUAGCCUUCUACUGGCUUUCUAGUUGGCUUUCAUGCCAAUAAUCCAUGUGAGAGAGUUUCUGCCACAUAGCUUUGAAUUGAAAAGAUUUCAAUUUAAUUCUUAUACGAAUUGAUCAUUUUUGUUCACUGUAA